AGUGAUCUUACUGCACAUCACUUGCUGCACUGAAAAAAGGCGAGCCCUCCAAAACAUAUACAGUCAGCUUUUCGUUCCCUAAUUUUGUAAAUUCUCCAACGUCUGCCUACCCAUUUUUCAACAUGCAGCCAGAAUAUCUGAUUCUGUCUGUAAUUAUUAUUUCGAUUUCGGCGGUUAUGCAAGGGUCUUCCGAUAAAGCUAAUAGCCCGAACGGCGAUUCUCUCACGGGUCCCUUCGUCAUUCAUGAUGUCGUUGUGGUCGCGGCGGAAACCCGGCGUCAAACCAAACGAGUGCUUAAUGAUAGCGUCGCGCCUCUGUGGAAAGAGGCAGUGGGUGGGAGUAUAAAGGACCUCAAACUCGAAGUAACCAAAGACGAGAAAUAUCCAGACUUACCGGCGUCCAGCUCCGACCUUUCCGUCCGCUUGAUCCAUUAUGAUAUCAGUGGAACAGCGGCGCUGAAAUUCAAUCAGGCCGAAGUGCGUGGUAAAGUCCACAACAGAUUAGGCCCAUACCAGCCGGAUAAGAUGGUGGGGAUAAUCCCGGAUGAAAGUGGGCAUAAUUAAACGUGUGGCUUGUCUGAUAUUUCAAUAGCAUGUUUCGAUCGAGAUUGCAACGGUAACAUGUCCAUAACUGUUUCCAGACUUCUUCUUUCGGUAGUUCUAUCGCACGCAGCAUUACAAUUACGUAGUAUAAAACAGAGUCUUUUGGAAAUUCCGACAAAUAUUUGGCUGACUAACUGCUAAAUCCAACAUGUGAUAUACAAACGUAUAAUUUGUUCCCCACCUGGGAUAACCACCCGCAAUGAUAUUAGCAAGACAGAUUCACUGCCGAGAAGAAGUGAUUUGCUGCAUAAUUCUUGAAAAAGAAACAUUCAGCUGAAAUUCUUUUAUUACCGGGCUUGCUGAAACGCUUUACUGAUCUAUUCAUUACUGUGUUCUCAUGUUCUUGAAUGCUAUAGAUAUUCGGAAGACCGCAGCUU